UCUGACGUUGUUCCACAUCGCGCUGCUCCCACCCGAAAAACCCAUCCAGAUUGUUCAAACACCCUCUACCGGUGUGGAUCCACUCGAAAGCCACUGCCGGAUCGAACCGGGCCCUGUCAAGUGUUGGCGCGCAGUGUGUGCGUGCCUAACUAUAAAACGCGUGUCUGCGCAGCACGGUCGGCGUAAGCAGCUUCGGCCGUACUUAGUGACAAACCGGAAAUCACGCAUCGCUGCGUACCCUCCAGUUGGCCGAAACGUCCACAAAACGAGCGCAACGAGAAUCGGGGACCAGUGUCCAGAUUUGCCUGUGACUGAAGUGAGUGUUUGUACUUUUCGGUGAACGAAGUGUCGUAUGCAAACGCGCGAUAUUGUCUUAUCUAAGGAAACAGAUAGUAGCGGUAGGAUCUCACACUUCUAAUAGAUAUGUUCCACCAUCAUCAGUACUGAAUCAGUGACACGGCGUACAUUAAGGUUAAUUUAGAAAUUUGAUCCAAAACAUUUUCUGAAAUUUUACCGUGAUUGCGUGGUCCGAGACACCCGCAAUACGCCGCCGAACAAAACCCCGGAAAAGGUUAAGUCAACACAGCUGUUCGGCAGACCUGUUCGUGAAGGUCUCCGCGAAGCCGGCUACGGCACGGUGUUUAAAGCUUUGUUUUUAACCCAACGAUGCAGCAACAAACAACUCGCUUGUGAUGUCACACUGUGUGUGCUUUCCGUUUCUUUCCGUUUGUUUUCGUUUGCUGCGAGACUGGUGGAUAGAAUUUUUGAAAGCGGUCUACGAUGGCUACCAAGCAACUCCCGUGGGCUAUUGUUGUUAGUCUAUUCCUCAUCAGCCUGCCAGCAGUGAUUGAUGGCAAGAUCUACACGAAAUGUGAGCUCGCUAAGCAACUGACCGCAAACGGGAUUAGCCGAACGUACCAGGGACACUGGGUCUGUUUGGCGAUGGCCGUCAGUGGGCUGGAUACGUCCAAAACGACGACGCUGCCCAACCAAACCGCCAACUACGGCAUCUUUCAGAUCAACAGCAAGGAGUGGUGCCGCGUGGGCUACAAGGGAGGCAAAUGUAACAUGAAAUGUGAAGAUCUAGUUACGGACAAUGUGACCAACGCAAUUAAAUGCUCCGUAAUGAUCCAACAGUCGAAAGGAUUCAACGAGUGGGUUAUGUGGCAGAAGAAGUGCAAGGGCAAAGAUCUUCCGGACAUUACAAACUGUGGUGCAAUUGGUUAAGAUUCAGGACGAGUUCUAGCAAGCGAUUUCCUCCAGCCCAAGCGGUAGCCCCCUUCUUCAAGCAUAUGCAGCAACAGUACUUCACAAAGGACCCAUUUAAAGCGCAUCUGAAGAAAGCAUACUUUUAAUCAUCCUUAAUCAAUAAAUUGGAAAACAAGACUCAGGAAAUAGUUUUCGAAAAUCUGCAGGAGAUCUUCAUAGU